UUGAAUAUUUAUUUAAUUUUUCAAAUUAAAACUGAACUUAAUUGACUGUGUUAACUAUCCUUUUCCAGUCCUUUUAUUAUUUUAUUGUAAUUAUUAAUUAUUUGCAUACAAUCAAAAAAUAUUUUUAAUGAUGCUAAAGAAGUAUAACUUCUCACGCGCGUACAUAAGUUACACGCAUCAAUUUUUUUUUAUAUUAUAUCUAUGGGAAAACAUAUAACUUAUUAAAACUCUUUGCUAACCGGUUUUGUUUUAACCAUAUUGAAAUUAUGUAUUGACAACAGCUGACAACAGCCGUUUAAAAAUGAAAACAUACCUCAUUCUUCAUUGUUUAGGUUGGUGAUAUCUAUCAAAUUACAAGUUUUUAUAUUUUAUUUUUGGAUAUGGUUUAUUUUAAAUUAUUUGGUUAUUAAUGUUUUAAUUUGUAGUUUAAAAAUGGCUCUUUCGGAUUCCAUGUUUUUGUUCGAAAUAACAAUAGAGGAAUUAAAAAGUCUUUUCAGUUGUAAAGAACAUAGUAUACUUGGGCAGUUUGCAGAUGUUUUUCAAAUAUAUCUAAGAAAUGUAAACGAUUUGGAAACAUCCUUGGCUAAACAGUCGAAGAAAAAGCUUGCAAAGAAGUCAAGAGUCAGAGACAUCAAAACUGCAAAAACUUCUACGAUGCCAAAAGUUUUAAUAAAACGGUCAGUAUUGAUUGCAUAUGAUGGUAAAAUUCUCAAAGAAAGAAUGAAGCAGUACCCAUUGGAACUAUCUUUUCGAAGUAAAUAUAAUUCUGAUGUUAUUUUGGCGUCCAAUCAAAUACCUUGGAGUCACGCAUUCAUAGAUUAUUUGAAUGAAAUAGAGACAAAGAGUAGUAUAAAUCCAGUCAUAGUAGAAAACAAAUACAGCGUAUUUCAUGAAUAUACGUCGAAGCGUGUGGCUACUAUUAAGCUAAGUAUAAAACUUAGUUGUCUAAAGGACAAGUUAUGUACUCAGUUUCAAUAUCCAUAUACCAGUAACUUUAUACAGAAUACAACUUUGAGUACGAUAAAAGAAAUAGAUUUAACACACGAAACAGGAAUAAUUAAAACUAUAUAUGCUGGAGGAAAAACAAAACCAAAACAUUCAAACAGUUCACAAUGUCUAAUGGAAACAUCCAAUAAACAGACAGAUGACAAAAGCAAAAUAAGUCAAGCUAAAUACAUUGAAUUUGAGAAAAACAAUAAAGAUAGGAAUAAACUAAUUUCCCUUGUCAAGAGUCAUACCGAUAUUGAGAUAAAAACAAAACUGACCAAACCAUCUUUAGUAACUUCCCAAUCGUGUUGUUCUUUGGGCUAUACGAAACAUUUAAGCACCUUAAAUUACAUUUUUGGAAAUAAUAGUGGUCCUUUUGGGAAUAGAGUUUACUGUGUAGGUUUUUUCACUGUUCAAAAUGAGUCUAUUAAGAAGCUUGCCAGUCCCAAGGUAUCAAUUAAAGAUGAUAAGAGUUCAGAUAGAAGUUCAACUGAUGUUAAUGAGAAAUACCAUUUCAAUUUAUGUAAUGAGGAAUGUCCCAGUAAAAAAGUAGGCAUUUAUGGUUGUCCAAGUCAUUGUUCGCUAGAUUUGCCAAAAGACGCUGCUCAUUUAAUAAGCGUAAAACAUUGCGACAGAAUUGAUUGUGAUGCUGCUAAGAAUAGAGAGCCUCCUAGUCCACCUGACGAAAGAUUGAUGGUAGAUUUGACAAGUAUGAAAAGAGAUAGCUGUAUAAUAAGCGAAAAAGUAGAACAAGUUGUUGGGGGAAUGACUGCAAAAAUGAAAAUGGGGACAAGACCCUGUUAUUGUUCUUGUGAAUGCACUUUUGGAUUUACAAAAAAGACAACAUUUUGCAACAUCUGCGGAGGCGUUGAAAAAUUUGGCGAAGAAAAGUUAGGGCCACUAGCAUUUCCUUGUCCAAUUUAUCAUAAAUUAGUCGAUAAAAACAAACUAAAGACUGUAAGUUCUGGAAGUGACAGUAAAAAGAAUAAGGGUUCCAAACAUACAAAUCCAUCUGGCGACAAAAACGAUGAAUCCGAAAAAGAUAAUAAAAAGGGGAAAAAGAAAAAGAAGGACGACAGAUUCAAGUUUAAUUAUGGAUAUACAGGUAUACGUACGUAUUUAACUUUUUUUUUAAUAUUGCUGUUUCAAUAAUUACUGCAAUUAAAAUAAACACGUAUGAUACAUUUUGGCUUGUAGCGCCUCAGAUUGGACACAGUCAAUGCGCAAUGCCAUGUACAGGAACACUUGGUGCUGUACCAAAAAACAUGGGUUGGUUAUGGACUGCUGAAGAUAUUCCAGGAAUGAGGGUGGCCAAUGGUUGGAAACCUGGAGCGAUAUCCAAACGUCUUUUGCGUAAACUCAAAAAAGCAAAACGGCAAAGAUGCGCCGAAGAAAGCAGCAAGCCUAUGAAAAAGUUCAGAAGACGUACGGAAAACAAACCCACACUCAUAGUGUGUAAAGUAAACGGUGAAUAUCGUGUUGAAAUGCAGACCACACCGGAAAACAACCAGGGGAAUAACGAGCAGUAUACUCCGUUAGUGUACAAAAUUGCGAAAGCGAAUAACAACGAUAAACUGGCCAAGUUGGAGUUGAAGAAGAGACGUUUGAUUAAGGAGAUGAUUGGGAACUUUGAGGAUCCCUAUCAUCCAGACGUUUGUGAGAAGACUUGUCUGAAGGCUUACAAGGAGGCGAUUGGUUCACUGUCGUAUGAUCCUAACAGUCGAGAGUGCACAUGUGAAGAGAUCGAGCAGAAAGACUCGUGUGAGAGUUGUUACUGCGACUACGACGACAUCAGCUCCGACUGCAGCUCGAUGGAUAUUGAUUGGGAGAUACACUUUUCACCACCAAUAGCAUCGCACUCAUAAUUUAUUAGUUGGUGAUUUAUCGUUUAUCAACCAUGUGUGCCGUUGUAUUGCUACACUAAAUAGUCAUUUUCUGUCCAAUAAAUUGUGCUAAUCUAAAAUGUUUGCCAAAAUAGCUCCAAAAUGUUAUUAUGUAUUGCAUAUUCAACGUAUACGUCAUAGAAUAAUAAAAAUAAAAAGCAUUGUAAAAUCAGCUAUGUUUAUUGUGUAACAAUAAGUUGUUGAGCAUGUCCCAUAUAACUAGUGAUAGUGUGGUGUGCGGUGCUAUCCUCAAGUACAACGGACCGAUGCCCUUGUACAGUCCAUGUAGCCCCUCCGUUCUAUACGUCUUGAUGAGGCAGUCCAGCACCCCUGUGUAAGUUGGUCCUUUGCUGGAAGCCGGC